GAGUUGAAACAUUUCUCCUGCACGCUGUGUCCCAUAACCCGUUGUGCGCAGUGACGGAAGUCCCCAUAGAGAAUCAGCGGAGUUGAGUGUCUUUGACGCAGUCAAGAACAACAGCAAACAUCAGAAGUUAGCAAAUAGACAGAGACACGCUCCAGAUAACAACAGCUACUAAACAGAAUCCUGUGUGAUGCCAUGGACAGCGUGAAGAUGGAAUCUGUCCAGAUUAAAGAGGAGCUCCCUGAACUUGAACUGGUCCCCAUUAGAGAGUUACUGGCUUCCCUCCCCAUUAAACAGGAGCUCUGUGAGAUGCAAUGUGACAGCAGCCAGCCAGAGGUCUCUGAGAUUAAAGCUGAGCACAAUGAAUUGGAGAUCCCCCAGACAGAAGAACCCCUUCCUUUUAAAGAAGAGGUGCUGGAAGUUGUCCGUAUUAAAUGGGAGCCCCCUGAAGUAGAGUUUGACCACAUGGAACCAGGGAAGGAGGAAUCCGAGGACUUCAAACCAAACAUCCCUGAGCUGGAGCCUGUACGCCUGCGGGAGUGUAGCGUGGUGCUGGAGAGAAUCUGCGUGAGAGAGGAAGGUUCAACCAACCGCACACGAGGCAGUGGAAAGGAGGACAGGAGUUCGUAUUCAGAGUGCAGUCUAGCAGGUUCAAGUCCAGCAGCUAAAGCGAGGGUGUGCGGUGAAGAAUAUCCUGACUGUGGGAAAGGUUUCACCCAGAUAAGGCAUUUUCAAACAGGAGAGAAACCAUACCGCUGCUCUGACUGUGGGAAGAGUUUCCAUAAGUCGUCAUACCUUCAAACACACCAUCGAAUUCACACAGGAGAGAAACCGUAUCGCUGCUCUGACUGUGGGAAGAGUUUUAGUCAGUUAGGAAACCUGAAAGCACAUCAGCAAAUUCACACAGCAAAGAAACCGUAUUGCUGCUCUGACUGUGGGAAAAGUUUCAAUCAUUCGACAAAUCUGAAAAGACACCAGCGAUUUCACACAGGAAAGAAACCGUACUGUUGCUCUGACUGUGGGAAGACUUUCCAUAACUCAACACACCUUAAAAGCCACCAGCGAAUUCACACAGGAGAGAAACCGUAUUGCUGCUCUGACUGUGGGAACAGUUUCAGUCAGUUAGGAAACCUGAAAGCACACCAGCAAAUUCACACAGGAGAGAAACCAUAUUGCUGUUCUGACUGUGGGAAGAGUUUCAAUCAGUCGACAAACCUGAAAAGACACCAGCGAAUUCACACAGAGAAACCAUACUGCUGCUCUGACUGUGGGAAGAGUUUCCGUAAGACGGCACACCUCAAAAGACACCAGCGAAUUCACAAAGGAGAGAACCCGUACUGCUGCUCUGACUGUGGGAAGAGUUUCCGUACAUUGGCACACCUUAAAAGUCACCAGCGAAUUCACACAGGAGAGAAACCUUAUCGCUGCUCUGACUGUGGGAAGACUUUCAGUCAGUUGACAAGCCUUAAAAGACACCAGCGAGUUCACACAGCAGAGAAACCGUAUCACUGCUCUGACUGUGAGAAGAGUUUCAGUAUGUCACAAAGCCUGAAAGAACACCAGCGAUUUCACACAGGAGAGAAACCGUACUCCUGCUCUGACUGUGGGAAGACUUUCCGUAAGUCGACAUAUCUUAAAAGCCACCAGAGAAUUCACACAGGAGAGAACCCAUACUGCUGCUCUGACUGUGGGAACAGUUUCAGUCAGUUAGGAAACCUAAAAGCACACCAGCGAAUUCACACAGGAGAGAAACCGUACUGCUGCUCUGACUGUGGGAAGAGUUUCAGACAGUUAGGAAACCUAAAAGCACACCAGCGAAUUCACACAGGAGAGAAACCGUACUGCUGCUCUGACUGUGGGAAGAGUUUCCGUAAGUCGGCCCACCUUGAACGACAUCAGCGAGUUCACACAGGAGAGAAACCUUAUCGCUGCUCUGACUGUGGGAACAGUUUCAGUCAGUUGACAAGCCUUAAAAGACACCAGCGAAUUCACACAAGAGAGAACCCGUACUGCUGCUCUGACUGUGGAAAGAGUUUCAGUGGUUCAAGAAAACUGAAAAGACACCAGCGAAUGCACACAGGAGAGAAACCGUAAUGCCCUUAUUCCAGUGGGAGUUUUCAUUUGUUAGGAAAACAUUUGAAUCUUGCAUGGUCAGUCCCUGUGUAAUAAUAAUAAUAACAAUAAUAAUUAUUAUUUUUACUAUUUUUUAUCACUUUUAAGAGCAUGCAUUUUAAAUGUUAAAAAUUCACUUCAACUGCUUGCAUUUGAUUGUGGCAGAAAGGGGGCGGUGACACGGACACGUCACAAGAGGCUUCUUUUGCUGUCAGUUUAACUCAGGCUGUCAAUGCAGUCAGUGCCUGGGAGCAGGAAUAUGCAGAAAGGAAACCCAUCUGCAACUUAUCUGAUGGACGUGUCAGGAGCAAUCCAUAACUCGUGUGGUGAAUGAGUUUCAGGGUUUAGGAUUUAAACUUAAUUUGAAAAUAAAUAAAUCGAUGGGAACGAGUAUCCCGACCCCGGUACGUAGCACCCCUGAGACAAGACUGCAACAUCCUUACUGGGCAACCGCCUGGAGGAUUUGUCACGAUUCUGAAACUAAUGAAAAAUUACUGUCCCAUGGCUUAUGCUUACUACUAGUACUACAUUCAAUAUCGUAUAUUCAUAUUUACUGCAUCCACAGAACACAAUGUGUGUAUUAAUAAACAAAGUGGGGAGGUCUGUGCUUUAUUCACUGUGGCAAGUCUCUGUGCUGUUUCUACAUAAAAUUCCUCCUCAUACCAAUUAGAAUGAGAAUUCUGUAUUUGGUGAAUGCCACUGAUGUUUGAAGUGAAAGGUUUAAAUAAACCAAGGGGGCAGUGGAAAAUUGGUUUCAGUAACUUGAUAAAGUACUAAUGUUGUGAGUAACAUUUUUCCCUUGCAACUGGUGUGAAUACAAAAUGUGUGUCUGAACCAGUAGAACUGCACCGCGGACACCCCCAGUAUGUGCGUGUCUUAUACCUGUGCACACACAGGGGUCUUCAGGGACGCAGAAUCUCAGGAAUAACCUGUGCUGAACAAAGUGCGUCCCAAGUUCUAUCGCAGUUGGAUUACCAGGUCUGUAGAUAUUUAUAGAAAUGUAACUGGAAUAUGUGCAGACUCCUCUACUCUAUACCUAGGACAAUUAACCUUCAUAGUUGCUUGUUAAUAGUUUUUAUAUUCCUUGGAUUGUUUUUGAUCAAUAAGCCCCAGUAUCUUGUAU